AUGAAUAAAUACACAAUCGAACAACGCGUGCAAAUUAUUAAAAUUUAUUAUCAAAAUAAUGAAUCUGUGCGAGAAACGUUUCGUGCACUUCGUGAAUUUUAUGGUCGAAAUAAUCGUCCUGCAGAAAGCACAAUUCGUGGUCUAGUGAAUAAAUUUGAAUCAAGUGGUACUGUUACUGAUACGAAAGUGCCAGUAAGACAAAGAAAUGCACGUAGUGAAGCCAAUAUUGCUGCUGUUAAUGAAAGUGUUCGUGAGAACUCAAAUUUGUCAAUUCCUCGUCGAUCUCAGGAAUUAGGCAUUUCUCAAACAUCAACAUGGCGUAUUUUGCGUAAAGAUUUGGGUUUACAUCCAUAUAAGAUUCCGUUGACUCAAGAACUAAAGCCAAAUGACCAUUCAUUGCGUCGCAGAUUCGCUGAUUGGGCUUCAGAGCAGCUUGAAGUUGAUGCAAAUCUUGGCAAAAAAAUCAUCUUCAGUGACGAAGCACAUUUCUGGUUGAAUGGCUUUGUUAACAAACAAAACUGCAGAAUUUGGAGUGAAAGCAAUCCACAAAAAAUUCAACAAUUGCCAAUGCAUCCAGAAAAAUUGACUGUUUGGUGUGGUUUAUGGUCUGGUGGCAUCAUUGGUCCAUUUUUCUUCAAAAAUGAUGCAGGAUCCACAGUUACUGUCAAUGGAAUUCACGACAUUUGGUUUCAACAAGACGGUGCCACAUGCCAUACAGCUCAUGAAACAAUCAAUUUAUUGAAGGAGAAGUUUGGUGAAUCGAUUAUUUCGAGAAAAGGACCAGUCAAUUGGCCACCAGGAUCAUGCGAUUUAACACCGUUAGACUUUUUUUUAUGGGGUUAUGUGAAGUCAUUGUGCUAUGCCAACAAACCACAAACAAUUAAUGCAUUGCAAGACAACAUUGAACGUGUUAUCGCUGAAAUACAGCCUGAUUUAUGUGAAAGAGUCAUCGAAAAUUGGGUCCAAAGAAUCCAUGCUAUGAAACGAAGCCGUGGCGGUCAUCUGAAUGAUGUUAUAUUCCAUACUUAA